CCAGAGCCCAUGAAUCGAAUCUUCACAACCCAAUUUUCACCUUGUCAUAUUCUACUUCACGUCUCUGAACCCCCAGAAACCGGUAGAAAGGCCAUUAUAAAAUUUACACUCUCAUCUUUCCUAAAUCCGCGGAGAGAACGAGUCAACUGUUCCUAAUAUACUCGCCGUCUCACGUCAGCAACCGAAAAGACGCCUUUCCCUUUACUUAGGUCCUCUUUCUCGUCCAUCUUAAUCCCAGAUCGUCUUCCAACGUAUACUCGGCAUAUAGAUAUAUAUAUUAGACGCUCUCAGGUAACAUGGGCUCCGCCGAACAAAACCUUGACGAGACCUUCAAGGCGCCUCCUGAGUGCGUCCCAUUUGAUGGCUUCCUCUUCGACAUGGACGGCACCAUCAUCGACUCGACACCUGCCGUCAUCAAACACUGGACAAAUAUCGGCGAAGAAAUUGGGGUUCCUGGAAAUGUCAUCCUUGAGACCUCACAUGGCCGCCGCAGCAUCGACAUCCUGAAGAUCCUGGCCCCAGAAAAAGCAAAUUGGGAGUACGUCUGCGAGAUGGAAGGCCGCCUGCCUAAACUCUACGCCGACGGAGCCGUGGAAAUCCCCGGCGCCAGAUCCCUCCUGGAGUCCCUGAUGAAGGAAAACACUCCCUGGGCGAUCGUCACCUCGGGCACCGAGCCCCUCGUCGGGGGGUGGCUCGGCAUCCUCGGCCUCCCUCGACCCCAGCACCUCGUCACUGCGGAGUCUGUCCUCAACGGCAAGCCGGACCCAACCUGUUACGUGAUGGGUCGGGAAAAGUUGGGUCUGCAGGACCCGACGAAGCAGGUUCUCGUACUGGAGGAUAGCCCGGCGGGCAUCAAGUCCGGAAAGGACGCUGGCUGUAAAGUCAUUGGUCUGGUCACGAGUCACACCCUGGAGCAGGUCGCCGCCGCGGAGCCGGAUUGGAUUGUCAAGGAUCUCAGCUCGGUCAGAGUGGUGGGAUACAAGGACGGAGUGACGACAUUGCAGAUCUCAGAUGCGCAUGUCCCUCCCGCGCGUCGCACAUAGAAAGGAUAGACUUGCAUUCGCAUCACAUCUGUUGAUAGAGUACGAGAUGUAAUCUUGACCCGUCCCGGCUGCUUAGCCACCUGCCCA